AAAUACCCCGUCGUCAUAAGGCUUGCGUCGGCGACAUACAGAGGUCGCUAGGUGCCGUUCGUCAGAGUUACCGACGGUCGAGCUUCCACAGCCCCCACGCCUACAGGGUAUCUUAUACGCAGUUCAUUCCGCUCAAAGCAAUCACCCGACGACUGACCGUCGUAAGACUGCGGACUCUACUUCAAAGCAGCCGGAGUCAACAAACAUUAAUUACCACCACUCCUCGUCGGUUGUCUGCCUACGAAUCCGUGAAGAGAAGUAAUCACGGAUUAGGCUCCGAAAAAACCGGGCGUUCCCCCCAACGAAUGCAGAUUCGUGGCAAGAAAACUCGAGAAAUGAUGGCGGGACGUAGUGGAACGUGGAAUAUUGUUAUUUCAUGCGCUGUCUCUCUCGUACAAAUUUUCAUGAAUAAUGGAUGAAGUGGAGUGUGUCCAUUCCUUUUCUAAGGCACCAGACCAACGUAAAUCGGAGGAUUUGUAAGGCACCUGGGCAACAGCAGUGUUAACUACAUCCUAACGCCAACUUUGGAGUGUGUAAAGAAAGGUAUCUCUACUGGCUGUUUCUCCCAGCGAAAAAUCUACCAAACUUCACGAGACUGACUUCAUCUUCCCCUCGACGACCGUCACACCAUGUCCCGCAAAUUUUAUGCUGAAUUUUCGCCUAAAUUCCUUUGGAAAGUGGAAUAUACCAGAAUGGAGUCCGUCAAAAAUCGUCGACCCGUUCUGGCAGCUCCAACGAAUACCUGACAACAAAUGCCCACCGAUUGUACCACAUCCACUGGGCAUCGUGGAUGGAUCAAUAAUUAAUCAGGACGUGAUCAAGCAACAGUGGGAAAAUAAAAGUGGUGAGACUCAGCGGUGGAGGCCGACAAGGUCGCUGACUGGACCAUGUAUCAGGCACCACUGGUGGAUACAUUAUGGGGUCGCUCUCCGAGACGAUGGCCCAACGUCGAGGCAAAUGCAUUCCCCCAUAUUGCCCCCACCGUCCCCUGGGUGCCCUGGUCAUUCCGGUGUGAAAGAAGGAGGAAGAGAGUCUUCGGUUACUUCUGGUGCUUCCAAGUGCAACAUCUCGAGUUGCCAGGUUCCCACCGUGCCACCCAUAUCCCAUCAGUACUCCCACCAGCAUCCAUUGCCAGGGGCUACUGCACAUGUGGUGAUGUACAGCUCCAACAUUUCUAACUGCCUCCUCAUUCUCUUACAACUUCAGCAGUAUUUUUUUUAACGCUCCUCUUUCGCUCAACCUGUUCCCUCGGUUAAAAGUUUAUCUCGAGUUAUUUAUCUGGGGGUAGAGAACAUCGACGUCAUUUGAAUUGAGAUUUUUUGAUAAUUUUGCCAAAUGGUUAUGCUGCUGGAGAGUUUAAAAUGUGUGUCUGACAUUUUCGGAACAAUUCUACUGAAAUUCCAGAACAUCUUGUCAUGAGCUGUCAAUGAGAGAUGAGAUGAAACAGUCCCUUUUAGGCAAUUUAUCGCGUUUUACCACUAGCAAAGUCGCAAAUUAAAAAAUUCCACUUUCAAUUUUUUUGUUUAACAAAACGUGUAAUUUUCUGGUACCCUUCGUUCACUUUUUUCUCUCGGUCUAGAUGACUUUUAGUCAUUUCUGGGAAUAUUCCCGGGGGUUUUUGUGGAAGACUUGAAUACAACUUCUUGAGCACAUGUGGAACCUGUUGAGAAGGGGAAUAAAGGACUCACCUCGUAGGCCAUCCAAAAGGUGUCACGAUAAUCGCGGAUUGCUGAUGUUUCAUCCGUGAACGGGUGAGUGAAAGCCAAAAGGAACAGAGGAUGAGUAACAAUGGUGGGUGAAAAGCCUGGAAGGUGGAAAAGUAGUUGUAAUCUCCCUCAGAAGAGCUAUCUUCACAUUUGACGCUGUAAUCUCCCAGUUUUCAUUGUGACACUUCCCUUAAAAUUUUUUUGUUCGAGAUUCCUUCUAUCUGAAUUAUCGGAAGGUAUGCGCUCGACUUUUGAUGGAAUUGGGUCGCAAAUUGCGGAGUUUUUUUUGGGGGGGAAAAGCUGACAGGUAAAGGGAUCAGGCGAUUCUGAUCAAACUGCGGGAUUUCCGGUGAAAUGCGGAAAAAAAAUGUUCGGGAAUCAAUUUGAGGUAAUAUAGAAACCUUGGAGUGAGUAUAACAAUUUUUUUGUUGUCUGAGGAUAUUGCAGUACCGAGAAUUUUUUUUAUACAAAUUCUUUCCACCAAAAAUUCCCCCUUUUUACCAGAAGAAUUUCGUUCACAAAAAAAUCCAAUUAUAUGAUAUGUCUCUCGCAGUUGAAAUAUAUUUUUUUCAGCCCAAUAAUUUUUUAAAUUCAAUUCAAUAAAUGGUACUUCAAAUCAAAAAGGCUCCCGACGAAUCUUCCGAAUGAAAAUCCGUAGAUUAUAAGCCCCAGGUUCUGAGGAAUUCCCAUUAUCUCAAAAACAGAAAAACAUUCCCCCCUUGAGUAACUACUCACAAUUAAAGACUCCCUCUUCCAAUUUCCCUUAUCAAAUGAAAAAUUCUCUGUUUUUAAGUACCCGAACAAUCCAACAGAUCCCAACACUUGUCCCCCAGACGUGUGUAAGGGCCUGUCCCGAAAAACACGAGGAAAAAAAAAAUCACGAGAUAUGAAAAAAAAAUCAAGCAAAAUAAAGAAGACGAAGAACGUGCCUCAGCUCAUGCACACACACGUAGCCAUGCAGUAUGUGUAUCGGUCCAGCUCACACACAUCGGGCCACCUCCACCUCCUCCUCAUGUACCUCAGACGAGAUGAGAAUGACCGGGGGCAGCGCACGCGAGUCCAUAAUGAUACACCUCUCGCUGAGGAAAGGAAGAGUUUUGAUGAGUCCGCGCCACAAUGUACGUGGAAAAAUUCCACCUACAAUAAACGGGAAAAUACUUAAUCCAUUUUUAUCCCGUCAACCCCCUGAGGAAAGAUAAUGACUAAUAUCAAGUACCAAGGAAGAUACCAUGGAACGAAAAACUGGCGAUAAUGACAUCAAAUCGAUCUAUUUCACUAAUUAAUAAGCAACGAUAUAUUUUUUAAAAAUAAAUUAUUCAAUCUUGUCAGUCUUUGAAGACAUUUGAAGAAGUUUUGAUGUCGUAUUUAGUCCACCACAGCCAACCAUCAGUCUGCAACUCGAAAGAAAAAGCAUUUCUCCCCUUUUUUUUAAGCUAAUCCCUGAAAUAAAAUAAAAAAUUCCCCAUUUUAUUAUGAUUUUCCGUGAUUUUUCUCUCCACCUCAUCCCCGGGUCUUUCAUUCUCCCAUCGCUACGGACGAAUUAAUCCCCGUACGCCGGGAAAGACCUAAAAUAGAACCCGUCAGUUUAGAAUCCCUCGGAUCCUUGGAUUUUCACAGAGUAACAUUUCCCCCCACGUGGAUUCAUCAUCUCGACAAAGGAGCUCGUGACACACGCUCCAUCGAGACGUCCCGGUAUAUCCGAGAGGGGUUAGUGCAUCGUACAAACGUAAAAACGAAACAAGAUGAUUUUUUCAAACGAUAAGUUUUGCUGUGUCUUGUAUUCUCUCCGUGGGGGUAGAUGCCAUCUACCGAAGUAACGCGAUCUUGAUAAUAACACCCCGCUGUUGGACAAUUUGACAACGGAUUCGUCUUCAGACGUUCUUUUAGUCUCACCUACUGUUAUAACUCGUAUUAUGUUUGGGUUGUAAAAAAUAUCAAAAUUGCUCGUUGCUGAGGGGGUGGGACGACCGAGGGGGAGGAAUAAAGGAAUUGAUAAAUCAACUUUUACGUGGAUCUGAACAAGGGACAAGAGGCAGUAAUUUAUACGGAGGAUAAUUCAGUAAAAAAUUUCGAAAUCGAAUUCGCUCCUCGAUUGUGAAAGGGCGUAGGGACACGGAGAGAAAUUUCUAAGAAAAAUCGACACAGGAAAUUUUAUCAAGUUAAACGUGAAUUUUUCCCGAACUUAUACCAUCACUUAUAUCAUACCAUCGCUCUUAGAUAUCGAGAUAACUCGUACAGUGAAAAUUAUCGAGUAUUCCAAGAGAAUAAAAUUUACAAAUAAAUUCAACCGGGAUUUACCGACUGGGGUAUCUCUCCGCAGUGAGAGCCCUCGCCCGUGACUUCUCGGAACUUCCGUUAAAUCUGAAUGAAACCUCCCAAUUAGAUCGCUGGACUACAUGCCCUCAAAUGCCAAUAAAUCCCAGUUCUCGAGCACUAAAAAAAAAUGAAUGCGUAUUUAUCCGACCACCGAAAGUCCCCGGCUAAUGAAGUUAUUUCGUAUACAGUCCACUGUCCCGAGUUUAAUAAUCGAUUAGGUAAUUCCAAAGGGACUCGAGAUGAAAACGAGGCCCGAAGAGGAGUGAUCACGAGUGUAACUCAAUUAGGGAGAAAUAAAAUGACCAGUGGAGAUGGUCAGACGCCGCCGAAACGUCGUAAUCAAGCACCGCUCGAUUAAUCUCUCGCCCAUUUCAUUCUCAACGUGCAACACACACAGGUAACUCGAGGUCAUCAUCUCCGUCGAUUUUUUUCUCACUCUUUACAGCUGAAUUAAACGAGGUACAAACACACGCACUUGUUUUAUCUCCAAAGUGGGCUACUCUCGAAAUUGCAUUUUCCAUCAUCAAACAACAGUCAACCACGUCGUUAACACGAUAAAUAUAUUUUUUUACUGUAUAAUUUUUACUUCGCUGACAAACAAGACAGAGCGAGUGAAAACAUUUUUUUUUCUCUUCAGAAUUCUGGAGAACCGGGGAAAUAAUAGGAAAUCGCGCCUGCGAUGUGUAAUUCCAUAAACUAUAUUUAUUAAUUUAAAACUUUUGAAGCUUCGGCGUAAUUUUAGUCGGCGAACCAUCAUAAGUUUGAGUCUGGAAAUUAAAAUUAAUAAUCUGCCCACACUUUUGGGAAAAAUACGUGGAGUAACGGGGCUGAGAGCAAUCUCUUCGUUAUCGUGAUUUUUUCUUCUCCCUUUCAGGAGAAAAAAAUAAACCGAAAGUUUGGCGGAAAGAAUAAAAAAUUGGCGGCGAUGGGGGGAGGAUCAUCCGGAGCAUAAAGGGAUCAAGAGAGUAGCCGCCGGUGGAGACGUAAAAUUCAAAACGAUGGAGCUGUAAAAUCGUAAGUUGAAAACUCUUUCACUCGGUGAGGAUGUGAAAUCGUAAAGAGAAGAAGCGACAACGAUCCGGGCUGGUAACGACGAGCGUUACGACCGAGCGGCGCUGUGUUACCCGGAGCUUUUUAUGAAAUUAUAAAGUCAUAAAAUCAAGCUACUUUACGUUCCCUUUGAUUUCUUUCCUUUUUUUUGCCGAUUUUUUUUUUCCUACUUUUUGUGGGAUAUUAAAUGUGAAUGGUAAUUUGAAUGGGUUUUGAUGGCUUUAUAUUUAGAGUUGAAACAAAAAAUAGGCUUUUAUGGUGGAAAAAUUUGUGAAUGAGCACUCUAGGUGAAGAACAAUUCACAUGAAAAUGUCAUGAAAUAUUUAUUGGAAAUGCUAUCAGUUUUUCAAUAUUUUUUUCACCUAAAAAUCCCAGGAAUUGAUUUUAAUGAGAACUGCAUGAUAAUUCUUUAACAAAAUUGAUUUUUCUGUUUUAGAAUGCGAUCGGUAAGAUACACAUUCGGUAUUUAUAAUACUUCGUCGUGUAUCACCGCAAUAACCCAUACAAUUUGGAAUGCCUUCUGAUCAAAGACCGUCAGCGAUAAGAUGAAGAUGUAGGAAAGGGCAAUUUGUUAUCCCGCCUACGUUUAAACUAAUUACCCAGCGAGGGACUGGUAAAAACAAGAAACACGAAACUGAGGUAAUACGAAACAAACGGGGGAGACGUUGGGAAGCCAUAAAUAAUUGAGUGUCGCAGGGAGAAUUUUUAUCGGUUACAAUCGAUCCUCCAGAGAGUAUCCACUCCACAUUAAUCGCCUCGGUGUUAUCGGAGGCGUUUUGCACCGGCAAAAUUCUCCUCUCGGUUUUUAACUCAACACCGAAUGUACGUUAACGAGUUGCGGAGCACAUACUCGGUAAUAAUGCCCAGCAGACUCCAAUCGCAGGUUACAAUGUUUUCCCGUCGUGUUACUCGCUACACAACUACUCAUCUCCUCUCUACGUCCACUCGGGCAAUUCUGUUUAUUUCUUUGAUGCAAUGCGACGAUAAAAAGGGAAAUUAAUUAUUCUAAAAAAUGUUAAAGAUUAGAAACUUUGAUUUCAAACCUGGAGGUUCUUUUGGUCUUGAAAUUUGUACUUUGAAAAGAAUAAAAUGAGUGAGGAAAAUAUAAUUUGGCUAAUUACUUGAGAGAAAUAUUGGUUUUGGU